CUCAAACUGAUUGAAGCUUCAUUGCAAUUUGCAGUCUUGAGAAUUUUAUUUUAUUGCCUUUGCACUUGGCUUAGCUCGUAUAAUGGCUUUGAAUUUGGUAAAGAAAGCUAUUUUUGAUCGAAAGGCUGUACGUAAUUUAGCAGCUGUAUAUUGUAAUGCUGUGAGAAACCAUUGGAAUUAUCAAUAUAAACCGGGCCCAUAUCCUAAGACACCGGAAGAGCGAGCUGCGGCGGCAAAAAAGUAUUGCUUGACUAUCGAAGAGUACCAGCCAUACCCUGAAGAUUUAGGAUAUGGAGACUAUCCUAAGUUGCCUGAUAUUGGAACAGAUUCUAAAGAUCCGUACUACCCAUAUGAUUUGCCAGAUAUGAAAAGAAAUUUUAAUGAACCAUUCAAUGCAAGUGCUGAGAUAUUUGGUGAAGAUCGCUAUGACCCAUCUGCAAAGCGCAGGUUUUCUUUAACGCAUCAGUGGACCUGGUUUUUGGGAACUAUAUUUGGUAGUUUUGCACUGUAUGCAUGGUUGGAAAAUCAUAAGUUUGGAAGACCAGUUACUCUGAAGCAGUACCCCAAUGAAGGACCACACUACUUGUUUUGUGAAAAAUAGAUAAAAAUAUUAUGUUUAAUAUUGCAGGUGGGUAGUGUAUUAUUUACAUUAAAUAAA